GCGUGGCUUCUAGGUGACUCGCUGCCUGGAAGGGGGCGGGCUCUUAGUGACGAGCCGCCGGGGAGGAGACAGGCGUUCAUUGAUAAAAACGCCGGGCUCCCUCGGGCGCUAGCACAGCGUAGCAAAUCCCGGCAGCGCCACGCGAGGCCCGGGCCGGGCGGAACCGAAACAAGCCGGGCCCGCGCUGCGACGCACCGCCUGCAUGGAGCCCGCCGCCGGCUUCCUAUCCCCGCGCCCCUUCCCGCGUGCGGCCGCCCCGCCCGCGCCCCCUGCCGGGCCCGGUCCGCCUGGAAGUGCAGUGCCGGGACCUGAAGUGGAGAUGGUGGCUGGGCCACCCGCGACGGAUCCAGGGCGCCUUAUCACAGACCGCGCAACGGUCGCACCCUACUUCAAAGGCCGCCUGUUGGGCAAGGGGGGCUUUGCCCGCUGCUAUGAGGACGACACGGAGACGGGCAACGCCUACGCGGUCAAAGUCAUCUCGCAGAGCCGCAUCCACCAAGCGCAUCAGCGCGAGAAGAUCCUAAACGAGAUUGAGCUGCACCGCGGCCUGCAGCACCGCCACAUCGUGCGUUUCUCGCACCACUUUGAGGAUGCGGACAACAUAUACAUUUUCCUGGAGCUCUGCAGCCGAAAGUCCCUGGCACACAUCUGGAAGGCCCGGCACACUCUCUUGGAACCAGAGGUGCGCUAUUACUUGCGCCAGAUCCUUUCCGGACUCAAGUACUUGCACCAGCGGGGCAUCCUGCAUCGAGACCUCAAGCUGGGUGAGAAUUUUUUUAUCACCGAGAACAUGGAACUGAAGAUGGGGGACUUUGGGCUGGCAACCCGGUUGGAACCCCCGGAACAUAGGAAGAAAACCAUCUGUGGCACCCCCAACUAUGUGGCUCCAGAAGUGCUGCAGAGACAGGGCCAUGGCCCUGAGGCAGACGUGUGGUCCCUGGGCUGUGUCAUGUACACACUGCUAUGUGGGACUCCCCUUGAGACAGUUGACUUGAAGGAGACGUAUCGCUGCAUCAAACAGGUUCACUACACACUGCCCGCCUGCCUCUCACUGCCUGCCCGACAGCUCCUGGCUGCCAUCCUUCGAGCCUCGCCCCAAGACCGCCCCUCAAUCGAUCAGAUCCUGCGCCAUGACUUCUUUACCAAGGGCUACACCCCUGACCGCCUCCCUGUCAGCAGCUGCGUGACAGUCCCAGACCUGACACCCCUUAACCCAGCUAGGAUCCUAUUUGUCAAAGUUACCAAGAGCCUCUUUGGCAGGAAGAAGAAGAGUAAAAACCAUCCUGAGGAGCGGGACGAGGUCUCCUGUUUGGUGAAUGGCCUCACGCGGACGUCCAUUGGCCAUCAAGGUGCCAGGCCAGAGGCUCCAGCAGCUUCCGGCCCUGUCCCCCUCAGCUUGGUAGAGACAGCACCUGAAGACAGCUCACCCCGUGGGACCCUGGCGAGCAGUGGAGAUGGGUUUGAAGAAGGUCUGACUGUGGCCACAGUCGUUGAGUCAGCCCUCUGUGCUCUGAGAAACUGCCUGGCCUUCAUGCCGCCGGCGGAACAGAACCCAGCUCCGCUUGCACAGCCAGAGCCUCUGGUAUGGGUCAGCAAGUGGGUGGACUACUCCAAUAAAUUUGGCUUUGGGUAUCAGCUGUCCAGCCGCCGUGUGGCUGUGCUUUUCAACAAUGGCACACACAUGGCCCUUUCAGCCAACAAAAAGACCGUGCACUACAACCCCACCAGCACAAAGCACUUCUCCUUCUCUGUGGGUGCUGUGCCUCGGGCCCUGCAGCCUCAGCUGGGUGUCCUCCGGUAUUUUGCCUCCUACAUGGAGCAGCGUCUCAUGAAGGGUGGAGAUCUGCCCAGUGUGGAAGAGCUGGAGGUGCCGGUGCCCCCACUCCUACUGCAGUGGGUCAAGACGGAUCAGGCCCUCCUCAUGCUGUUCAGUGACGGCACUGUCCAGGUGAACUUCUAUGGAGACCACACCAAGCUGAUCCUCAGUGGCUGGGAGCCCCUGCUUGUGACUUUUGUGGCGCGCAAUCGCAGUGCUUGUACUUACCUCGCUUCCCACCUCCGGCAACUGGGCUGCUCCCCAGACCUGCGGCAGCGGCUCCGCUAUGCUCUGCAGCUGCUCCGGGACCGCUGCCCAACCUAGGCCCUAACCCUCAGGGCAGGCCAUGACCCAAAGUGUCAGGUCUGAGGCCUGUGCCUGUAAGGCUCUGGCCCUUGCCUUUGCGGGCCUCCCUGUCCCUUUGGUGCCUCACUGGGGGCUCUGGGCCGAAUCCCCCAGGGAAUCAGGGACCAGCUUUACUGGGGUUGGAGUCUGCCUGUCCCAGCAGCCUCCUCCCCUUCUCCAAGAAAAGCCUGAGCCUUAGUCCCCAGCUUGGGGGCGUUUAUGGACCACUUUAUUUAUUAACAGACAUUUAUUUAUUGGGAUCGAGCCCCAGGGAGGGCCUCCUCCUGGGAGAAUAAAUCGUUUUUGCAGAA